AUGCUGAACUACAGAAAAUACAGGAAGAGGUUUCGCGAAAAUCUGAGCAGCCAACUCAAGAGACUUUACCUGCCGAUGCCGCAUCGCCGAGCUCAGCGCUCUCUUCCCCGCCGUCGUCUGUCGUGCCGGACGAACACUCGGACCCACCCGUGGACCAUCCGGCGCCCUCACCCGCAGGGCGAGUCGCUGACCGACCCAAUUCCGCCUGAGCCUGCACCGAUCGCGACCAGGCCCAAGUUCAGCUUGACGACUGAGGAAAUGGGUGUCAAUUUGGUGCCGAACAUCGCCAAGAUGGUCAGCGACGAAGACUUCACGGGCAAGGUCCGGAUCACAAAUCUGCCAGAGGUUGACUGGGCCAAUUUGAGGUCCAGCAGGUCCAGCAUCGGGCAGCCUAAGGAUCGCGACCAUCUGGGAAACGUGUACACCAAAGGUCCCGAUGGGUCCGGAUACUCGUUCCUGAAGCUCUCGCCGUCGACCAAAUUUGUCCUCCCGGACUUCUCUCAGAUGCCAGAGAAGCCGUCGGAGGACGAGAUCACAGCGUUUCUCGACGACAUCGCCAACGACCCCCCCAAGGGGUCCAUACCGUAUUAUGCCGGGCCGCCACUGACGUCCAGCAUCGAAUCGUUCCUCCACCCAGGCGACGCUCUUGCGUCCAUGGAAGCCAUUGCCGGCGGGAACUCGCCUUACACGUACAUCGGCGCCAAGUAUUCCGGCACCGGCUGGCACGAUGACGACGCUCUUCUCUGGUCAUGCAACUAUGUCAGCUUCGGCUGGAAGCUGUGGCUCGUCGUCGCAGAACACCACAGGGCGAAGUUCGAAGCCUUCAUCCGCCGACACUGGAAGGCAAACCGAUGCGCGCAGUUCGUACGCCUCCUGCCACUCUUCAUCGGUCCGUCAAGGCUUCACGAGGAAGGUAUUGACUUCAUCGUACACUGCGCUGGGCCCGGCGACAUGGUCAUCAUCCGCCCCGGGCAGUAUCAUGCCGUCGUCAACUUCUCUUCGUGCUUUGCCACGGCGAUCAAUUUCUCGCUGCCCGGAGACUGCGUCAUGCCGCCAGAUCUCGCCGUUUGUAAGCAAUGUGGUCUAUACCCUCUGCACCGCCCGGACUUCCGCGUUGUCUCGCCCCCUCCCUUGGAACCCGUGCCAGGCGUGGAGACAGAACAUGUCAGCAUCGCGCAGAGGACAAAGCUCGCGAGACGACCGGCGGCGCGGCCACAGUAUUUACAGCUAGCUAAGAGACCGAAAACUUCUGGAUGA